UCUGUGUGGGCGUGGCCAGUGACGUGUUUCCGGACCAGGCGACCGGACGGAGCUGAUCGACGCAGCCGCGCUGAGAAACAACCAACGAGUGUCGGAACAGUCGAGUGGAACCGAGGGUCGCGGUUCGACCACAGCUCGGUGUCGACGCCUCGUUAGACGAGGAAGAGGAGGAAGAGGAGGAGGAAGAGGAAGAGGAGGAGGAGGAGGAGGAGGAAGCUUGACUGUCAGCCAUGGAAGCCGAGUUUCGGGAAAUCGAUGACAACGGGAGCUGGACCGGGGUUUACCAGGAGAUCCGUCAUCAGUCUCGUGAUCUUCCCUGUACAUUCGCCAAGUUACCAGAGAACAAGACUCGGAAUCGUUACAGAGACGUGAGCCCAUUCGACCACAGCAGAAUCUGUCUGCAGCUCGGAGCCAACAACUACAUCAACGCCAGCCUCAUCACGGUGGAGGAGGCUCAGAGGAACUACAUCCUCACUCAGGGACCUCUUCCGAACACUUGUGGUCACUUCUGGGAGAUGGUUUGGGAGCAAAGGAGCCGCGGAGUGGUGAUGCUGAACCGGGUCGUGGAGAAAGGAUCCGUUAAAUGUGCCCAGUAUUGGCCGCAGAGAGAAGAGAGAGACGCCAUCUUUGAUGACACCGGUUUCAAGCUCACGCUGGUCUCAGAGGAUGUUAAGUCUUAUUACACCGUCCGUCAGCUGGAGCUGGUGAAUCUGUCUACUCAGGAGACUCGUGAGAUUUUACACUUUCACUACACCACCUGGCCGGACUUCGGGGUUCCAGAGUCUCCCGCCUCCUUCCUCAACUUCCUGUUCAAGGUGCGAGAGUCCGGGUGUCUGAGUUCGGACCAGGGCCCGGUGGUGGUCCACUGCAGCGCCGGCAUCGGUCGCUCAGGGACCUUCUGUCUCGUGGACACCUGCCUCUUACUGAUGUCCAUUCGUAAAGACUCGUCCUCGGUGCGGAUUCGCGAUGUGCUGCUGGAGAUGCGACGCUAUCGAAUGGGUUUGAUCCAGACGGCAGAUCAACUCCGCUUCUCCUACGUCGCAGUCAAUGAAGGAGCCAAGUACAUCAAGGGAGACACGUCCCUGCAGGAGUCGUGGAAAGAGCUCUCGAACGAGGAAGACGACCCUCCAGAGUUCACCCCUCCUCCUCCUCUUCCUCCUCCCAGAGACCCUCACAACGGCCCUGAGCCAACAUUUUUCCCUGAAAAGGACGAGAUCAUCGGGCACGUGGAGAGCAGGACUCUGGGGUCCUCACAGGAGUCGCAGCUGAGAAAGAGGAACAUCGCUCCGUCGGAUCAGCUCCAAGGUCACAUGGUCCGAGACCCGACCGCUGGAGCUCCGACCACAUCUAACCAGCAGCAGGAGGAGGAGGCGGAGCAGCAGCAGGAGGAGGCGGUGCAGCAGCAGGAAGAGGCGGAGCAGCAAAAGGAAAGCUCUCUUGUGCCAGGGGCGUGGCCCCCUCUACUGGCCAACGUGUGCCUGUGCACGGUCCUGGCUCUCAGUGCGUAUGUCUGUUAUCGAGCUUAUUUCCACUGAUGUCUGCCCCCCUCUAGGGGACCACGCCUUGUUUCAUUCAGUGAUUGCAGUGGAGGGGUUGGCUGGUUGGGAAUAAGUCCCGCCUCCUUAUCAUCCAGACCUUCUGUCAGUGUCAUGGAGACGCUCAGGGACAUGAUCCUACAUAUCGCAUCAGUUGAGGAAAAGGGUUUGUUGUAGCCGCCUGUUCCGUGAACCAGGAUCCUCACUUGUACGACUUCUUCCACUUCAUCCUUCACCAAUGUGUCCGUUAUGAUUUCAAGUUUUCCGUCUUUAGCGACACAAACGGAUUAGAAGCCGUAGAUUCAGAUCUUUGACCAGCUUGAAAAUAUAUCAGAAACAGAAACACAGACGGUUAUCCAGGGUGUGUGUGUGUGUGUGUGUGUGUGUGUGUGUGUGUGUUUGUGUGUGUGUUUGUGUGUGUGUGUGUGUGUGUGUGUGUGUGUGUGUGUGUGUGUGUGUGUGUGUGUGUGUGUGUGUGUGUGUGUGUGUGUGUGUGUGUGUGUGUGUGUGUGUGUGUGUGUGUGUGUGUGUGUGUGUGUGGUAUUGUGUGAUGUGAUGAUUCUAGAAACGUUAUAACAGUGAGAUCAUGUUCACAUUGACACUGGAAUGAUACCAACGUCUUUUCUUAUGAAAGGUGUUAUAACCGUCUGAAAGCAGCUGAGGCGUGUUGUGAAGUGGUCAAGUGUGUGUUCGGACGGGGACACACACACACACACACACACACACACACACCAGCAAUACAAACAUGUCAUGUGACUCUUUACUCCAGUAACUAAGGAACAAACCAAAAACCAAACACCAGCACAGGGAUGAAAACAAACACUGGUGGUGCAGAUGUUUUGAUGAUUUUUUCCUUCUUUUUUUUUGCCUGCUGCAUUUGUGAAUUGACAUGUUUGUCCUGAGAAGAGAUUAGUUCUGCUGCAGCAUCAGUUCACUUCAGCUGUACUUCCUCUAGAAUGUAUGAACAAUCCAUCCCAGGACACGACCUUAUUAGAGAUAUUUUUAUUUUUUUCAAAUCAGGUUUCAAGUGUGCCGAGUUUUAAUUUUUGUUAUUUUCUGCUUUAACAAAGGGUUAAAUCUCUGCACCAGGUUUUCCUGUUUUCCUGUUUUUCUAUACUUAACCUGAGCUCAAAUACUUGUAUUUUUUUAUUUACAUUUGUUGUUUUCCUUUUUAAAUAAAAAAACAAAACUUACCGGAACAGA